AUGCCAACAGAGGACAGCCGCCUGCCAGACAGUACCCAAGAACAAGAUCCUGUUACUACUUCAAGCAAUAAUUGCCUGCAUAAUGCUGAGGAAUUUGGAAUUGAAGAAGAAAAUGGCAUUUGUAGCAGUCACCUGGAUAACAGUAAUAGAGUUCCGAACUCUGACAGCCAGUCAUCCACUUCCAUGACUGUUCCAUUGGAAGUACCCAGAAGAGGACAACCCCUUUUACAGAUCAACAGGCAGCAGAUUCAGUCCGUCUCAGACAGUGCACAGGCUGCCGAGCUCGAAGGUUUAGGAGUUGAUGUCUAUGACCAGGAUGUAUUGGAGCAAGGAGUUCUUCAGCAAGUAGAUAAUGCAAUUAAUGAAGCUAAUAAAGCAAUAAAAGUAGCCAGUGCGAAGAAAGAAUAUCAGUCAGUGCUGGAUGACUUAAGAUCAUGUACAACAUCUCUGAAACAAAUAGACAAAAUAAUUGAACAACUUUCACCUGAGGCUGCUGACAACAAAAGUAUAAAUAGAAGACUAGAUUCUGUAAAACGUCAAAAAUAUAACAAGGAGCAACAGCUAAAGAAGAUCAAAGCAAAACAAAAGCGUCUGCAAGCAAUUCUUGGUGAAACAGAGAUUCUUCAUGAAAUAAAUGAUGUUGAAUUCGAAGAAGAUGAAGAACCUGGUCCAUCAUGUCUUGGCAGUAUGCUUAUGCCUGCUCAGGAAGCAGAGUGGGAAGAGCUUAUUCGUACUGGCCAAAUGACUCCAUUUGGAACUAAAAUAUCUCAGAAGUCAGAGGGGAAGACACCACAGUUAAAUGAAGAAUCUGAUUUCGAGAAGUACUUAGCAGACCAAGAUAAGCUGUCAUCUGAAAGAAAGAAGUUAUCCGUUCACAAAGGAGCAAAGAAGAAAGCACAAGCCAAAAAAGUUCAGUCCGUAGCUCCUGCAUCUACUACAAAGGAAAAAGGGGGUAAAGCCCUGUCAAAAACAGAUAAGCGCUUAAAAAAACACAUGAGAAAACUUCAGAAGCAUGCCCUUCAGAUUCGUUCAAAGGCAGAGAUUCCAAAAGAAAAGAAAUCUCAUGAAGAGAAACAUGAUAGUGGAGAGUCUGAGUAUGUACCUGAUGAGGAGCUCUUUGAUCCAGAUUUUUUAGAGCGGGCAUCUUCUCAUGCUGAGAAUGAUUCUGAUUAUGAGCUCCAGAAUUUGUCAAGAAAAAGAAAAUACGUGGUGAAGAGAGACUUUAAAGAAGCUGAAGAUGAUCCUGACUUCUUUCCAAGCUCUGACGAAGAAGAGCCUACACUGGGGAAGCGCAAAGAAAAGAGAUGCAGAGAUGAUGGAGAUGAAGACUAUUAUAAACAGAGACUAAGGAGGUGGCAAAAAGAACGUCUGAAGGAGAAAGAACGUCAAACAGCUGAGGAACUUUCUGAAGAAAGUGACGGUGAAUUUGAAGAGGGUUUCAAAGUACCAGGAUUUAUUUUUAAAAAGCUUUUUAAGUACCAGCAGACAGGUGUUAGGUGGCUCUGGGAAUUGCACUGCCAGCAGGCAGGAGGAAUUCUGGGAGAUGAGAUGGGAUUGGGCAAGACCAUCCAGAUAAUUGCCUUCUUGGCAAGCCUGAGCUACAGCAAGAUCAGGACUCGUGGUUCAAAUUGCAGGUACCAGGGGUUGGGUCCAACACUGAUUAUUUGUCCAGCUACUGUUAUGCAUCAGUGGGUAAAAGAACUGCACACUUGGUGGCCUCCAUUUAGAGUUGCUGUUCUCCAUGAAACUGGUUCUUAUACCGACAAAAAG